AUGUCACCCAGCACUCUUCGUACGGGUACACAUGAGGCCGUAAAGCAUUUGAAGCUUGCUAAAGGUGAUAUUUCGUCAUCUUCACAAAGCAACAAUACACGCCUUGACGAGGAGUUGAUAACAGCACCGCUUUUCUCGCUAGCUGCCUGUGAGACUCUCCAUGACCAGCGCCAAGAUGAUGACGAAACUCGGAAAAAUCAACUUUAUCCUCAGUAUGGUCUCCUCGGGCUGCAGAAUCGAUCUGUCCCUGGGCGUUCGGAACAGGAGGAUCUGAUCUACACGAAUGUGUCCGCGCCAUGGUCUGCAUUUAUCUGUGGUAGCCAAGGAAGCGGGAAAAGUCACACUUUGUCCUGUCUGUUGGAGAACUCUCUGGUUGCAUGCUCGCCUGCUGGGAAAUUGACUUCCCCUCUGGCUGGGCUCGUCAUGUAUUAUGACAAGUUUACGGCUUUCUCCAGCACUCAGCUGUGUGAGGCAGCGUACCUGUAUUCUUCGGGUAUCCCUGUUCGGGUCCUUGUGUCCCCAACCAAUUAUCUUGCCAUGAAGACGGCAUAUAAUAUGCUGGCAGGUGGAUCGAAGAUGCUCACUGUUGAGCCUCUGUAUUUGCCUCAGAAAGACCUGACCAUCGUCGUUAUGAAAAUCCUCCGCGACAUGGCCGUCGCAAAUCAGGGCCAAGCUGGGUUCGACUAUACUGAAUUCAAACGCCUCCUGCGGACCGAGCAGUUCAUGAAGGGUCAGUUCACACCGCUCAAUAUGCGAUUGGAAGUUUUGGAAUCCUUCUUCGAGCCUGGAUCCGAGUGUGGUGCACCUCGAAAGAAAUCCAAAAACAAAGGCACAGACAUCUGGAACUUCGCCCCCGGAAGUCUCACGAUAGUCGACUUGAGCUGUCCCUUUGUUCGACCGGAGGAUGCAUGCGCCCUCUUCAACAUAUCUCUCUCGCUAUUCUUGAAGAAACGCCAUGAUGCUGGCCGUAUGAUUGCCCUGGAUGAGGCCCACAAAUUCAUGACGUCAACGUCACUUGAAGCUCUUGACUUGACAGAGACGCUGUUGUCCAUUAUCCACCAACAGCGCCACCUUGGGGCUCGUGCCAUCAUCGCGACCCAAGAGCCCACGCUUGCCCCAGCGCUCCUUGAGCUGUGCAAUGUGACAGUAAUCCACCGUUUCUCGUCGCCUGCCUGGUUCAAAGCGAUUAAAAAGCAUAUCGCUGGUACUGAGGCUGAGGCUGAGGCUGAGAAGCUCAAAUCAGACGCAGAUUCCGCUAAUAUCUUCCACAAGAUCGUUCGCCUGGCAACUGGUGAAGCUCUAGUCUUCUGCCCGACAGCUCUCCUAAAUGUUCAAAAGGUCAAAAGUGAGCUGAGCAGCGGUUCAUCAAGUGAGUGUUCCGACGACUAUUAUUCUCCAGCUGGCACCCAUACUGGGAGCCAAGUUCUCCAACUUGGGCCUGCUUAUGUCCACAUUCGAGUGCGCCAGAGAAUUACUCUUGAUGGCGGUCGGAGUGUGCUGGAGACUUAG